AUGGAGGUUCUCGCUGAAGCCGAAGUGUCGUACCUUUCUCCAUUUGUUUGUGCCGGCAAGAGCACUUGCAACAUAGCAGGGACGGCGGAGGUGCUUCUGAAAUGUAACUUCACACAUUUAAUCCAUGAAAACCACGAGGACAUCAUGCCGGGUGGGAGAGCUAGACGUUUCUUUGAAAGGUGUUGCGAAGUCGGUAAUUUGGAAGCCGUUUACUUCGAAGGACUACGCCUCGCCAUCCACUCAGGUGAUAUAAAUCUUGCGAUAGAGAUGUUGGUCCGUAACGACAAAGGACAUGGUAAGUCGACCCUCGCAGCUGCAUUUUUCGCUAUCUGUUCUGGAGAUCGGAAACAGGCUAGCGUAUUGUUUCAGAGUUUUUCGGUGAACCACGGCGGUCUCCAGGAAGAGAAGGCCAGAUUUCUCGGAAAUGAGAUAAAAUGGGACAUAUUCAUACUGAAUCAAAAUCCUCGAUACUUAUAUGGAGACGUUUUCGUAUCCCGAUGA